AUGAGUGACUUGACCAGAGUGCGUUACGAGAGAUUGAACCUUGUUGUUCAGAAAGCUUUGGAACAAACAAUCAAUAAGUCGUUGAAUAUAGAUCAAAUGACCAAAUGUUUUCCUAAUAUUGCAAAGACUAAUGAUGGUUUAAAGAACCUUCAAAUCGCUAGAAAACAAAUGAGAAGCUAUAUAAAUGAUACGUCUCUUAAAGAGUUUGCGCUCAUUUUUGCAGAACAAGACAUUGAAAAUAAAUUAAACGAAUUAGAUGAUAUAAUACAAUCGGCACAUCAUCGAAAACAAUCUAAUGAAGAAAUUCCAAUUGAAAUUGAUCGAUUAUCAGCCUCUGAAAUCAUUGAAGCGAAUUUGAUUCAAUCCAGGCAAGAGGUGAUAAGAAAUCUUAGUAUGAUUCAUAAUCAACUUUGUGUUGAUAAUAUUGAUUUGUUUAAACAGUUAGAAUCAAAGUGUGCUGAAGGUGAAUCAAUAAAAAAGGAUAUCAAAAGUCUGAUUGAUUCAUUUACUACCGGAAUCGAUGAUCUAAGACAAGACUCGAUCAAUGACAAGAUAAAUGAUCUAAUAAAAGAAGUGAUACCUGAAGAAGUUUAG